UCCCGGAGGUGCAGUGGGGACGCAGGCCCCACCGAUUCAACAGAGCUGCACAGAGAGGCACUUCCUAAUAAUAAAGCCCUGUUUGGAGGUUAUUUUCAUGGAGUACCACCGUUAAAACAUAUGGAGAGUCAAGAGGAAAAGCCAGUCAUCUAUACCAUGGAAAACAAGCCGAUUGUAACAUGUGCUGGAGACCAGAGCUUGUUCACGUCUCUCUACACCUCAUUGGCUCAGCAGCUUCCCAGGGAGCCAAUGGAGUGGAGGAGGACUUACGGCCGCGCACCAAAAAUGAUCCACCUUGAAGCUAAUUUUGUCCAGUUUAAGGAGGAGCUGCUCCCCAAGGAGGGCAACAAGGCUCUUCUCACGUUCCCCUUCCUCCACAUCUACUGGACCGACUGCUGUGACACGGAAAYGUACAAGAGCUCCGUGAAGGAGGACAUGAUGCGCUGGCAGAACACGCUGCGGAGUCACAGCUCGGCGGACUGGGUCAUCAUUGUCGUGGAAACCAACGACACCAAGAAGAAGAACAAGCCCAACAUCCUGCCUCGCUCGUCCAUCGUGGACAAGAUCCGCAGCGACUUCUGCAACAAGCAGAACGACAGGUGYGUGGUUCUGUCAGACCCUCUGAAGGACUCGUCCCGGUCCCUGGAGUCCUGGAACUCCCUCCUGUUGAAACUGCGCACUCUCCUCCUCAUGUCCUUCACCAAAAACCUCGGGCGGUUUGAAGACGACAUGCGUACGCUCCGAGAGAAACGCACUCAGCCCGGCUGGAGCUUCUGUGAAUAUUUCAUGGUUCAGGAGGAGCUGGCCUUUGUUUUUGAGAUGCUGCAGCAGUUUGAAGACGCUUUGGUCCAGUAUGAUGAACUAGACGCUCUUUUCACUCAGUACGUCCUGAACUUCGGCGCAGGAGUCAACAGCUUGCAGAGUCCUUACAAAAAGCUGAAAGAAGCCUUGUCAUCCGUGGAGGCUUUCGAAAGGCACUAUCUUGAACUUUCUCAUGCUGCUAUGGAAAUGUACCAGGCCAUCRGCCGGCUKCGGUCUGCCAGGCUGGUGGGGAAGAGCCUGGCUGAGUUCUACAUGAGGAAGGGAGACCCUGAGCGGGCGGAAACUUUCCUGCAGGAAGCUCUGAAGUCGUACGUAUCGGAGGGGUGGAGCCUUCCUGUGACGCACACCAGGAAGCAGAUCGCCGAGUGUCAGAAACUGCUGGGCAGAACUGAAGACUACUUGCAAACCAGUGCCUUGUUGGCCGGUGACAUGAAUCUCUCCACGGAGGAGAGGAAGCACUUUUGUCAGGAAAUUCUCACUUUUGCUGGCAGGUCCGGAAACCAAUCUCACAAAGUGACUCUCAGCAUGAAUGUCUUCGCUCAGCUAACGCGGCUACAGUUUCACCCGGCGGCCGCUUCGGUGCACUCCGGAGCCGUGCUGCAGGUGGAGCUCACUCUGAGGUGCCUGAUGCCCGUCUCAGUGCGCAUUCAGCAGCUGGCUGCUAGCAUUCACUUUGACAUUGAUCACGGAGGGACUCUCGGGAGGUCCAAGGGGACGCUGAGGAACGCAAACCAAGGGACAAUAGAGUUCAAACAGGGCAACUCGUCAGCAGGCCCGCCCUCUUCUGCGGCUGCUGGUCCCGCGCUAGAAAUGGACGAGAUUCAGGACCGGAGUCCCUCGGACAAUUCUCUCAACUCCGUAGGAGUGGUGUGCAAAAACACCCACCUGAUCAUUCGCCGCCGCGAGAACGGCUCGCCGUCGGAGACGUCCAACUGUGUCAGCCCACCUGCUGUCGCCAUGAAGGAAGGAGGACAGAUGCUGAAGGUGCAGAAUGUCACGUUAGAGCCCGGAAACAACAGCAUCACCUUCACAGCACCUAGUGGACAGCCUGGUACUUACAUGUUACGGCAGCUGUGCGCCACGGUGGGUGAAGUGCAGUUUGUGCUGUCUCAUAUCUACCCAUCGGUCCGAUAUGAAGUAUAUUCUCAGGAGCCCCAGCUCACCGUGGAGCCACUUUCAGAGCCUCUGCUGGCCGGGAUGCCUCAGUUGGUKAAAUUCACCCUGCUGACGGGUCACUACACUKUGAAGAAAGGAGACGCUCUGCAGCUCAGCAACACGGAAACCAUGCCCAUCCUGCCGUCCUCCAGCUGCACGGCCCGCAUCAGCAGCCCAGAGGCGGAGUURGUGGGUGAAAGCGUCCUGUCCAUCCAGUCGUCUGAAAAGGUGACGAGCAUCAGCCUACCUCCCACCCCGCCCUACCACCUUCUGGAGUUCCAGCUCGAKGUUUUGUGCAUCAUCCCGUCCGGGUCUGAGCGGCCGGCCAACGAGAGGCUGACCAACGGGGAGGUGCGCCAUCGACCUCGCAGCUACAGUCAUCCUGACACACCCAUGACCGCCAUUGACCAAAGGAUGUCUAUCGACUGUCCGUGGUCGAUCUACUCCACCCUGCUCACCCUUACCUUCUACAUCCCCUUCAAGACCAAACACUCACUGCUUUCUGCUGGCAACAGAAAGUACAUCCAGGUGUGUGUGCAGAACGUGUCAGACAUGAACUUCACCCUGGCAGACAUGAAACUGACAGAGAAGCAACACUCAUCGUUGGAACUACAAUCCUUUAACACUAAAACAAAUCAGCUUCUGUGCAGCAAGCACAGCGUGUUCUGCUUGUGGGAGGUGAGGUGGAAGGACGACCUACCCUCGUGUCUACAGUGUGUUUUCUCUGCCAACUUCAGUCCGCUUAACCAAGACAGCUCUGCCUUCAAACCGUUCCACUACCAGUUCCAGCUGGAGAGAGUCACUACAUUGUACAGCGUGAGAGCRGAGAUCCUGCCCCCCGCAGGAGAGCAGCACUGCCGCUCCGGUCUGGUCUGCGAGCUGGAGGUGUGUAUAACACGACUGACUGAGCCCUCAGAGGGAGAGGUAGCUGAGGACAGCAAGACCGACACGGAUGGACUCAAAACCACCAAGCUUAUGUAUGAAGUGGCCGACAGCAGCAGCAACUGGGCCGUGUGUGGGAAGAGUUCAGGGAUGGUGCUGAUGCCUCUCAGGGUCAACGCCACCCACAAGGUGCAGAUCGAGGUCAUGCCCCUGUUCGCAGGUCACCUGCCCUUCCCCAAAAUCAAAGUCCUCAAGUACCUCCCUCACAACGCUGCGGCGGCCAUCCAGCUGGACCCCGACAGCUGCGUGGAGAACGACAGCCUGUCCCUGCUGGACAAGGCGCUGGACGACCAGGGGGACACGGCGAGCAUCCGCAGCCGCGGCAGCGUCCACUCGGUGGGCAGCAGCGACCAGCAGCAGCGGGGCGUGGCCAUGCCGCGCCUGGAGCCCUUCAGCCCGGGACAGGUGUUCAACAGCAGCCACUCUCAGCAGGUCCUGGUGCUGCCCACCGCCGACGACCACAUCAUGGAGGUCAACGCCACAUGACCCUGGGGGUGAAGACUCCUCCCUGUCAUCUCUGGACGAACUCCUCUGAGCCUCCGGAGCUUGUCCGGGCCGGGGUCCGCGUCCAACGCCGCCGACGCGGACCCUCUCCCCCAGCCCUCUUUCCGUCUACGCAUGAAACGUUCACUUCACUGGAAACACGAUGGACUGCACAGUGAAGAGCCAACGGCACCCGACGACGAGUUGAAAUGAAAUCGUGCUCCUUUGCCAUACUUUGUACAUAUCUCAUUGAAUGGAUUUAUAGAUAUAAAUAUAUAAAUAUAUAUAUGAACUGGAGAAUCAAAUCUGCGCCUGUCGUGCUAUUUUGAACUGAAGGAAAACACUCCUGAUUGUCUCAUGUCGCACCAAAGCUCUCGAUGUUUGUACGCCACGAUCUGCUACUGAAGUACCGUCACGCCGAGUGGGCGUGGCCUGCUAGAAGUGACGUCCUGGACCUCUUUUUGGCUUUAUGGGUGUGUGAGUGCCUCCAUCGCUACAAUUAAGUUAAAAUAUUUCUUUUCUCAUCCUCGCUGACUCUUCUGCUCCAUCAUGUACCUUAAAGCGGGAGAAUAAGAUUAGGAUUACGCCCCUGAGCGAUCAUUAUGAGUAAUAAUAGUGAAGAGAUGGCGCCUCAUACUGAAUAUAAAAAAAAACACGUUGUGGAAGUUAUGCAGUUAAAUUUAGGUCCAUUUUGAGUAAAUACUGCUAUAUUUCUAGCUGAUGUUCCAUUAAAAUAAGUCAUUCUCAUUUAACUAGUUACAAUAAAUGAGAUUGGGAAAAAAAGCUCAAUUUUGACUUUUAACAAUAUUUUAACAAAUAUUUCAAGUUCAAUUUGUAGUGUUCAAAAGUUAGUCUUUUAAUACCCCUGAGAAUUYGGUGACRUUCUUUUUUUCUACUAAACUAAGCUAAAAAUCAACUCAAGUCUCAUUUAAACCCCAUGAGAAAAUAAGAAGCUUAGACUGAUGAGGCGGUGUGUGUUUUUUCCUGCUUUGCUGUGGCUCUGUGUGUGUAUGUGUGUGUGUGUGAUCAGACUUCUACAGCGGGUCAGCCAGCAGGCAGUACAGUUGGUCUACAUGUGCAUAUUUAUUUGCUGUGUGCACACAUGUGUCUCUGAACCUGUCCUAUGCACACAUGCUGCUGAUCCGCCAUGAUCAAAUGAGAGAAAUUAGGAACUCUACCAUUUGCUUUCUUUUUUUUUUUUUGGAAAGAAUGAAUGUCAGCGACCUCUGCCCUGCCCCUCGACCCUCUGCUGUAUUCUGACCUCUGUACAUACUGAUCUGUACAUAAUGAUUGAAAUUAAAGAGAAUCUUUGAUGCCAACUGUACUAAAAACAAACACAGAAUCGA